CUUUCUCGAGACAAGGUCUUUUUGUCUUCGGCUGCAGCGGCCUUUAUUUUACGGUGGGUAUUGCGAUCAAGCAUCUCACAAACCCCCCACACUCAUUUUUCUUUCUAUUAGACCCCUCAUGUCCUGUCACGAUCCCAGAGCUGGACUCGACGCCCUGGUUCUGCACUGCACACAUUCAUUGCCUGCCACGACCCUCGAUAGCUUUAUCAUGGUGCCUCAUCGCGUCCCGUUAGCUACGAAAUCCCAAAAUAUUCCUAGCAAGACGCGAACGCGCAAACCACUCAAACCAGUGUUGCCAGCCUUGACCAUCUCUCCGCCCAAACCAUUGACCCAAAUCAGCAUUUGUGACAACGCCUCUCCCGACACGCCAUUGAGCCUGUCUAUAUCUACACCAUGCACGCCGUUCCAACCUCUCCCGCCUCUUCUCGCAACCUCGCCACUGCGUUUACCUUCUUUUCUUGAUCUAGCUCUGGAAUCGACCCCACGCGCCAAGCCAGAAACGCCCCAGCCUACGCAGCUCGUAGAUUCAAUCACCCAUCCGAACAGUCCAUACGUGCCAUGGGCCUCCCCAGUCCGAAGAAACAUCCUUAGACCACUUACGCCUUCGUCGCAAAUGUCACGCUACUCAAGGCCGUACUCCCGUAGCGGAGCACGUGCGCCAGAGCCACAGGACAUGCCUCGGCCCAAUCGGUUGCUUCGCUUGACCAAGAGCUUGAAGAAUCUCAAAGCGACAGUCAAGCAGGGCGUCAAGAGCGUAACAAAGGUGCUCAGGAAAUCGUCCAAGGCGAAAAACAUUCCGCCUCUCCCGACCCCACCGCUGCCCGCCGCCCUCGUCCCCAGUUCGCCAUCACUAUCUCCUGCCUUUUCCUGCGAGUCCUCCAGAACAAACACACUAGCAGAUUGGUUGAGAGACUGUGCUGCCAAUGCCGAAGAGAUGACUGCGAAUAACAUGACAAUUGAGGAGUACGAAGAACGAGGGAGUUGGCUUGAUCAUGGGAGUGUCGAUAACGAGUCUGAGGUCGCGUCGCCCCUUUUCUCGCUUAUGGCAACAGACGACGCGUCUGAACACGUCCUGUCACCGUCACCUGGCCCAGCGUCAACUACUUGCACUAAUUCCGAUAUUUUUCCGCGUCUCUCGAUGCUGGAUGUUUGGCCUGUUCCUCCCAAUUCUGCUCUCGACUGGAGUCUUGCCGGAAUGCCCGGAGGUUGGAUGUCCGACCCUCUUCACGUAUAA